CAUUUACUUUUACUUCAACCGAUUCUAGACUGUUAAAGCGGUAAAACAAUUUGUUUUGUCUGUUCCAUGAAAGCGAUUGUGUAGCCAAGAGUAUCCAGCUGAUUAUCCAAUAAUUUCGUGCCUGCUUGUAAUGACUCUUCGACUCGUCACCUUUGCGGUGCUGUCGGCAUUAGCCGCGGUACGAGCGCAGGAAGAUCUCAUACGGAUGAUGAUGCUGUCCAGUCUGUUGUCGGGUGGAGGAUUUGGAGGCGGCGGACAGUCCGCUCCGCAGCAGAAUACUCACAUGAUGACUGGCUUCGAAGGGGAUCCGCGCAGUAGCGGAAGUGCAACGGGGAUUUCCUCGCAGUCGUCUAAUCCGGGCGGUCUGUUCGGUGGACUGAUGGGGCUUCUGUCGCGUAACGCUGGAGGAAAUGCCGCGCCUCUGCUUCUGGAUGUCGACGGUGAUAUUCUCCGCUCUCAGUUAUGGCAACGUGGCCUUUUAGGAGGAACUGGUGCGGGAAGUCCCGGGGCGGGUCACGCGGAAGCCGGUCCCGCAUCGCCGGUAAACCACCGAGACGCCAGUCCCGUUAACAGCCCACUGGUCAACGGGGCUGCGCCCAGCGGAACGGGUGCGCACCCUGCCAGAGCGCGAUCCAUGCCCCUGCAUAUCGAAUUCGCUAGCAACGCCGGUCCGGCUGAAAGCAAACCUGCCAACGAAAGACAGAACUAUGCCUCAAGUUCGAAUCAUGCAACUCCCUAAAAACCAGUAAACGAUGGACCCAUGGAUGAUUGACCUCACUUCCUGGCUCCUGUAGUAGUAUUCGUAGAUAAACAUCCUGCUUGUGUUUGUUGAAACUGCAUAUUAAUGAUAACUAAUUUAAUUUUGUAUGUAACCAAUGCAACAUAAGAACGCGAAUACAGUAAACAAAAGAACACAGAGUAGUGAUUAAGGAGCAUCAACUAUCAUAACGAAAAUCACAAAUCUUCUCGCGGUCUUCAGCAUUUAUAAUGUCAAAAUGCGAAAGUAGGUAGAAAGCGUCUUUUUAAACUAGGAAAACCAUAUUUCCAACAGAUUCCAGGGACUGAACAGUCAAGCACCAAUCAUUACAUGCAGGGCGAUACUAAGAAG